AUGUCUGAUCUAGAAACUAUCUCCAAUUAUCUUUCUCAAUCAGUGAUUGCUGGGACGGCUAAAUCAGCUGAGAGAAGCUUGAGAUCAUUAGAAAAUCAAAAUGGCUUCGGAUUGACCUUAUUGCAUGUAGUAGCAUCUACAAAUAUUCCAAUAUCUACAAGAUUGGCAGGUGCUUUGUUCUUCAAAAAUUUCGUAAAGAGAAAAUGGAUCGAUGAAAAUGGUAAUCAUAUCAUCUCUUCGAAUGAUGUUGAAUUAAUUAAGAAGGAAAUUGUUCCAUUAAUGAUUACCUUACCUGGGAAUUUGCAAGUCCAAAUCGGUGAAGCUGUAUCUGUCAUUGCAGAUUCUGAUUUCCCAAACAAUUGGCCAACUUUAUUAAGUGAUAUGGCUUCAAGAUUGUCUACAGAUGAUAUGGUGACAAAUAAAGGUGUCCUUACAGUAGCACAUUCCAUCUUUAAAAGAUGGAGACCAUUAUUCAGAUCGGACGAAUUGUUUUUGGAAAUUAAAUUGGUCUUGGAUGUCUUCACUGAACCAUUCAUGAAUCUAUUGAAAACCAUUGAUCAAGAAAUUUCUCAAAAUCACGAUAAUGUAGCUAAACUAAACCUAGCCUUUGACGUGUUAUUAAUCUUGACUAAAUUAUAUUACGAUUUCAAUUGUCAAGAUAUACCUGAAUUUUUUGAAGAUAACCUAGAGACAGGUAUGGGUAUCCUUCAUAAAUACUUGGCCUAUAAUAAUCCAUUAUUAGAAGAUCCAGAUGAAACUGAAGAGGCAAGUAUUCUCACUAAAGUUAAAUCUUCUAUCCAGGAAGUAGUCCAAUUAUACACAACAAGAUACGAAGAUGUCUUUGGUCCAAUGAUAAACAAAUUUAUUGAAAUUACGUGGCAUUUAUUGACCUCUACAUCUACUGAACCAAAAUUUGAUAUCUUGGUUUCCAAAUCAUUAGCUUUCUUGACUGCUGUAUCAAGGAAUGCUAGAUAUUUUGAAAUCUUUAAUAAUGAAAGUGCAAUGAAUGAUAUCAUUCAACAGAUUAUAUUGCCUAACGUUACAUUACGUGAGUCCGAUGUGGAAUUAUUUGAAGACGAUCCAAUUGAAUAUAUUCGUAGAGAUUUAGAAGGUUCAGAUACUGACACAAGAAGAAGAGCUUGUACAGAUUUUUUAAGGGAAUUAAAGGAUAAAAAUGAACAAUUAGUAACUAACAUUUUCAUGGUUCAUAUGAAACAAAUCUUGGAACAAUAUCAAUCUAAUCCAAGUGAAAAAUGGAAAUAUAAAGAUCUUUAUGUUUAUUUAUUUACCGUGUUAGCUAUUGAAGGUAAUAUAACAACUACUGGUGUUUCAUCGACGAAUAGUUUGUUAAAUGUGGUAGAAUUUUUCUCAGAACAUGUUCUUAUCGAUUUAUCUGGUCAAGUUUUCCAUCCAAUUCAAAGAGUUGACGCAAUCAAAUUUAUUUAUACUUUUAGAAAUCAAUUAAAUAAACCUCAACUAAUUGAACUUCUACCGAUAUUGGCCAAUUUCUUACAAAGUGAUGAAUACGUUGUUUAUACAUAUGCAGCUGUCACCAUUGAAAGAAUAUUGACAAGAAGAGAAUCCAAUACCUCAAAUAUUUUACUAUUCAAUAAAAAUGAUUUGACUGGUAGUUCGGAGAUUUUAUUGAAGAAUUUAUUAAGUUUAAUUACAAACCAAGGUGUUUCUCCCGAAAAAUUAGCAGAAAAUGAAUUCUUAAUGAGGGCCGUGUUCAGAGUCCUACAGACUGCAGAAUCUACAGUAGAAUCCAUAUAUCCUGAUUUGAUUAAUGAAUUAUUAACUAUUGUUAAUAUAAUUGCUAAGAAUCCAUCAAAUCCAAGAUUUUCACAUUAUACCUUUGAAUCUAUUGGUGUAAUAUUAUAUUUCACAUCUACCCAAUUAUUACCAUUAUUAAUGGAAAGAAUGAUGCCAUCAUUCUUACAUAUCUUAUCAGAAGAUAUUCAAGAAUUUAUUCCAUACAUUUUCCAAUUAAUAGCAUUCAGUGUGGAACGAAUGGAUACCAUUCCAGAUAAUAUAAAGCAAUUAUCUCAACCGAUUUUGUCACCAACUGUUUGGGAAUUGAAAGGUAAUGUCCCAGCUGUUGUUAGAUUAUUAAAGGGUUUCAUUAAGAAGGAUGCAUCCAUUUUUCCAGAUUUAGUUCCUGUUCUUGGUGUUUUCCAAAGAUUAAUCGCUUCUAAAGCUUAUGAAAUUUAUGGAUUUGAACUAUUAGAUGAUAUAUUGUUGAGUAUUGAUAUUGAAAGUCGUUUAAAACCAUUUUUGAAACAAAUUGCCACUUUAUUAUUACAACGUUUACAAAGUUCCAAGACUGAAAGGUAUGUUAAAAAAUUAACAGUAUUUCUAGGUAUGCUUUCCAUUAAAUUAGGACCAGAUUUUGUUGUUCAAUUUAUUGAUGAAGUUCAAGAUGGAUUAUUUCAACAAAUAUGGAAUAAUUUCGUCAUCACUUCUUUACCUACAAUCGGUAAUUUGCUAGAUCGUAAAAUUGCAUUGGUUGGUAUGUUACAAAUGUUUAUUAAUGGUUCCAUUUUCAAUAGUAAAUAUGCUAAUUUGAUUCCAAUAACCUUAGAGACUAUAAUUAAGACUACUGUAUCAGAAAGUGUUGCUAAUUUGAAAGAUGAUUUUAUUGAUAUGGAUAAUCUUGAAGAAAUUUCUACUUUCGGUUCAUCAUUUAGUAAAUUAGUUAGUGUUUCAGAAAAACCAUUUGAUCCAUUACCAGAAAUUGAUUUAACUAAUGGGGUUAAAUUGUAUAUUAUUGAAAAUUUGAAAAAAUACUUGGCCAAUUCACCUGUUCUUUUAACCCAAUUACCAAUGAAUUUGCAAAAUAAUGUUAAUCAAUUAAUAAGCAUGGUUCCAAACAAUUAA